CAGCGCGCGCCUCGUAAUCGGCGCGUCGAGGGAACUGUGAGAAGGAGUGAACGUGGAGUGAACGAGCGAAAUCUGGAAAGUGGAUGCGCUCGCCAUGUAAUGUGGUCCAGUGGUAACGCUUCUGCCUGAAUGUUUGUCAAUACGGCAUCAUGCGCCCGCUGAGAGCAACAUGAAGUUUGCGCGGCUACGCUGCACCUGUUUACUGCUGGCAUGCGGCUACCUCAUCGUCGGCGCCAGGCCUUCAGCGGCUGCAGGCCUUGGAAGCAAGAAGGGACGCCGCCCCUGGCUGCAGGGGCUCCAAGUUGACAGCAGCACCUUGUCCUCUACAACGCUCGAGGGCCUCUUGGCACUUGAACACACAGAGAACGUGCCUGGUACAGCGGCCGACAACAGGGGUGACAAUUCAGACCCGCUGGUAGCUGGAGCUCAGAGGGAUGUUCGGCCGACGCCCCCUUGGGAUACACCAGCUGGAGCCCAUCCAUCGGCACGAACAGCUUGGCUCCUUGCCCUGGGCCUGGCAGCAGUGCUGCUGCUGCUCUUCGCUGGACUCUGUCCUCUUCUUUGGUGGCUUCAGCGAGGCAGUCAGGCCAAGUCUCCAGGGCUCUUCUUCCAACCCCUGGAGCCACUGCCAUCGCACUGCUCGCCCCCCGAGCAUGUGGUCUGCCAGCCAUUGCCAGAGCCAAAGCUUGUCGCUGCUGAGCAGACAAGACCCAGCAUUGAGACACAGGUGGCGCCGGUUUCCAUCGGACAAGAGGCACCCCCUGUUGUCAACCACACGGCACCCAUUGACAUCAGCUGUCCUGACCGGAGACCAGGCUUGAGACUGCUUUCUGGGGUGGAUCCCGCUCAAAUUCUGCCAUCAAAGGGGGGCUUUGAGGAUGACUUUGCAGAAAACACAGCGGUGUUGACGCAGUGCACAGCGGGGACUGCAUCGAGUGCCCCUGCUGCUGCACCAGUGACUGCUGCGAAUACUGCACUGUGGAGCAGCUCGCUCUCUGAGACCGACUCGGACCAGGGCUUGAGCCCAACACGUAGUCCCCUGCGACGCAAAACACGGCGCCUUCUUGAGAGGCGUGGGUCAAAUGCUUCCCUGACACUGGAUCUCAACAAGGCAAGUCAGAAUGGCCGGAUCAGCCCAAAUGGUGGCAAAGACAGGUGCCAGGACCCGUAUUUGCGGCGAGCAAGUCGACGUUUGACACGUGCCCAGCUACAAGCUUGCCUCUCCAAUGUGGCAGCCCUGCACUCAGAGUUCUGGGACAUCCCGAUGAACCACCCUGAGAGAGCUGAAAUUGCUGGCUGUGGGGCCAAGAACCGAUACAGGAGCAUAUUGCCAAAUGAACACAGCCGGGUGCGACUGCGGCGUGGCGUAGAGGAGGAGGAGGAGUACAUCAAUGCCAACUACCUGAGCGGCUACGGGGGCAAGCCUCGCGCCUACAUCGCCACCCAGGGACCCCUGGCCCACACGGUGGCCGACUUCUGGGCCAUGGUGUGGCAGGAACGGGCCCCGGCCAUCGUCAUGAUCACCAACCUGGUCGAGGACGCCAAGGUGAAGUGUGAGCGGUACCUGCCAGAAGUGCGGGGCACAUACGGUCUCUUCACGGUGGAGGUGGUUCGGACGUUGGCACGUGACGGCUACACGCUGCGUGAGCUGACGCUGCAGAAGAGUGGGGAAGACCGGGUGCGGCGUGUGCAGCACCUGUGGUACACAGCGUGGCCCGACCAUCGGGCACCCGCCUCGCCCAACCAACUGCUCUCAUUGGCCCUCGAGGUGGAGCAGCUGCAGGCACGUUGCCCGGGACCCAUCGUCGUCCACUGCAGUGCUGGCAUUGGCCGCACUGGCUGUUUUGUGGCCAGCAGCAUUGGCAUCCGACAGCUGCGAGAGGAGAACAGUGUCGAUGUAUUGGCCACUGUGUGUGCUCUUCGUAGAGACAGGGGCGGCAUGGUGCAGACGGCUGAGCAGUACGAGUUUGUCCACCGGACACUCUGCCUCUUUGAACGUGAGCUGCCUCACAGGGAUGCCCGUUGAGACACUCUUUGGCAGGUACAGUUGGAAUUACGAUGAGUUGCCACAGUUUUUUGCACUCGGCACAACGAGAACACGCGGGGAAGGCACACUGCCGUCAGCCAUGGAAGGCACAAGUGAGAGACAUUGGUCACCCUCGCCUGGAAACUCGUGCGUCGUCUGCUUACCAGUGUGAUGUGGAGAUCUUGUACGGCGGGCAGAAGUGCAGUGUCAUUCGAAGCUUCGUUGUGAAGCCCAGCUUGCAGCAUCCCAGACCCGCCAAUCGGGCUUUUGGACAGUCUCUUGCUCCUCUCGGGGCUCCACUGCAUCAUGCACUCGGCUCUUGUCGAAUGCGCCUUUUAGCCACUUCAGCCACAUCCCCCAUUAUGCCAAUUGUUUCUUUUUUUUUUACUCUUUAUUCCUCGCGAAUGUGUGUGUGCUUUCUCUCUUAUCGAAUGUGUGAAACUGUUGGCACAAAGAACUUUUCUGGCUGUGCUGGUGUCAUAAGCGUGGUGGUAUGGUGGUGUGCAAAGGACACAAGUGAUAUUCAGGUGGAUGUUAUGGGGCGUAACUGUUAACGAUUCUGGUGACCUCUCCACUAGGGUGACGGAAGUCACUAAGGGCUUUUCAGUGCUAGCAAGACGUGCAUGCUUCAUCGGAGUUAGCUGUUCAUCAGUUGUUACUGGCACGUUGUUCAGCGUGUGGCAAUUUGUGUUGCCAGAAUGCGUGCCGCUGUUGUUCAAAGAAAGUGAACAGUGCAGAACCGCAAGAGACAGGAAAAGAAGGUGCAACAAGCAUCAACUUGCAAAAAUAUUGAGAGCAGCCACUCAUUAUUUUUUUCACGCUGUACAUUUUUGAAUACACAAGUCCUGUCUUUUUCUCUUUCUAUGAGCCUUGUUUGAAGUACAUGUGCGCCUUGUGUGAUAGUGAAAUCUUCACCUGAAGAGCAUUCAGAUUCGGCAGGCUGUAUCAGCACCGAGACAUGCACAUACCUGUGCAGGUCUGCUUGCGUGGCAUUGUUGUUGUUAUUGCUAAACUGUUGCUUCUGUGAAACAACCAGCAAAAAAGCUGCACGUCUUCAACACUGAUUAUUCUAACCACAACUUCACCACAGUUUGUCAGUAUUCUCACUCUUCACCUUCUUACGCGUGCCUGUCACAUUUGUUGCGCACAGCUGGCCUUUCAUUUUCUUUCCCCACAUAAUGCUAGCGAUGAAGUGCCAUUUUAUGAAUUUUCAAUCCUAGAUUUCACAGAACCAGCACAAUCUUUCUCACGAACAGUAUUGCCCAACUUUUUUUUUCUUUUUUUAUGACGUUUAUUGCACAUAACUUUUCGAAACUGUGUUUUCUGUUUGCUUCAAUAUUUUUUUAUUUUCAAUGUUGAUUGGUCAUAACUGUCACAAACCAGACAGGUGCAAGGCACUUUGACGUACAGUGUAGUCCACUGUUAAAGGGAACGCAUGAAUCUUGGAAAUGAACUUGCCUUUGUAGAGCUUGGCUUUGAAGCAGACGGCUUGCACAAGGUGUCCCUGGUUUCUUUAUGUAGUGGAUCAGCAUUGGGAUUGUAUUCUGGCCUGAUCACUUUUGGUGAUAUCACUGAGCAGACUAGGCCGGCGGGCAGAAUGCUCAUUAUUCCAGGGAUGCCUUGCACUAGGCACUAAGUCACGCAAAUGUAAAAGCAUGCCCAAAAGUGAUUGACCGAGAACACAGCUCUUGUUUCAUCGCCACGCAUAGCUUAAAUGCGCCCAAAGUGUCCACAAACACUCUCACAUUCUAUUUAACAGAGGCCUGCACUGUACCACGUAACAAACAAUGCACCUGAAAAUGUUUUCAAAGUUUACCAGAGGGAUCUGGAAAAUGGAGACUUGUUACAAAAGCACAGCCUCAACUUAGUGCUAGCAUUCCAGCAAAAAGAAUUUUUGUUUACAUUAAAUUGGCAGUGUCUAUAUGGGCUUAUUUAAAAUAUGCUAAGGAAUUGACUCAAAUGGCAGUGGUGGCCUGCGUUUUCAUUCCAACUUUAAGUGAACAUAUUGCAUUUAACGGCACAUUGUUGUUCAGAUUGUGCAGCACGAUCUCACAUUUUGGUUUACAUUGCUCGAUAAACCCCUUGGUAUCUUUGCUUGCAUCGUUAGUCCAGAGAAAAAAUAAUAACAAUCAAGGAAGUGGGCUGCUGUGGUGAACUGGGCUGGUUGUGCUACCCACAGUCUGCACAAAUCGGGCAAACAAAUUCCAAGUGUUUGGUUGAGCAAUGCAGAACUAAAAAGGCAAUCUUGUUGAGAAAUUUCAGCAAAAGCAAAGCAGCAGUAAGCAGAAAUUCUUUGAUGUUGCUAAAAUAAAAAUACAGGUCACUGCAUUUAUUAGCUCUGACCAAGGAUUAAUUAGAAAUAUAAAUUCACUUAUAAGCAUGGCUGCAGUGGCCUUGACAGAAGCAGUUCAGGACCGAAUUUUGGUGUCAGGCUAGAGACUCCCGUCUCGCUCUUUUUCAGUUCUUGAAAUAAAUAUUUACAGCUGCAGAAAGAAAUGGCUUUGAGCAUGUACCUGCUUAAAGUACAAUGCCUGUGAUGGAUGCCCCGAUUCACAUCAGAAGUUCAGAAGCUGCUGGGUUGGCCAAGUUCUGCUUCGGUUUGCGUGUCCACUUCCUGGUUAUAUUGUCUUGCAUUGACACAACAUAUUGUUUUGAAAUUUGUACAGAAGUGUUGUUCUUUCUUUACCAGUAUUUCUUUGUUGGCACAAUCGCUUGGUUAUAAGCCCCCAUUUUGCAUGCAAGGCACUUAUCAGAAUCGCCAUUAAUCAUGCACAUGCACAUAUUGGCAUGAUCAUUAUCAUCAGUUGGGUGCGAAAGAAAUUACUGUUCAUUUUGACGAGCUGUUAUAUGCGUUCUUUGCCAGGAUCGUAACGUCGAGACACAUUCUCAGGUUUCUGCUCAGAAUCUGGGUCUAGUUUUAUACAAUUUUGUGCAGGAAAGUGCGGCUUACUUCUCGAUUUCAAUUAUGAGUAUUGAUUCUGUGCACUGUUUCACAUAUUAACAAGUGCACUUUCGUUUAUACAGGGCAGUCUUUUUAUAUUUACGUAUGGUACUGAUUUACAAGUGAUUCAUUGCCAUUUAUUUUCAAAUGAGUAUAACUUAUCAGAACAAAGGAAGUAACAGGGUUGGCUUAGUGAGGAUGCCGUAAUAGAAAGCAGGGUAGAAGAUAAAAAAUAGCUUUGAGGUAGAACUUAGUUUUGAGGAUUUAACCUAUUAUCAUUCAGUUGGUGUGCUUCAUUUCGAAUGUUCUUGUUUUAAGCAACCAUUGCUACAUCUGCUUAUUACCUAGUACGCAUAGACACAGCAUUAAGCGAAAAUUCUCUCAAAUCUUGUCAGUGUUCAUACUUGUACUGUCGACUUUACUACGGUUCAGCUCUUGCACUGAUGGCCAGUCCUUUAUGAUGCACACAUAUUAGAAACGUAUGGCCAGUUGGGCUUUGCCCCCCCCCCCCUUUCUCUUUCUUUGUCUUUUUUUCAAGUUCUGCAUAGUAAACUGUCAAGAGUUAACAAGAGGACAUCCCUUGUAUCACUCCCUCAUUUUGUUUGGCAUUUGGCAGACAAUGCUGUGCCUGUGCAUUUCACUCAGUAAACUACUGAAGCACAUCUUCAUAAAAGUUGAGCAAGUGUUUUUCUGACCAUUCACACACAUCUUGUUCGUCGUCCCGCUCUCCAUUUCAAUUGUACUUUUUUUCAGUGCAUGAUGUUCUCUUUAUUCCUGUCUGUUGUACGUCUGUAAGGUUUUUCUGUAAUCAAACUUGCAAGUAUUUUGCGCCUCUUUUGGCGCAUGCAUAACACCACGCAAAAACUGCUUCCAAAGGGAUAUCAGCAGUGGAUGUUCUACAAGUGAGCAAACGUGCGUGCUUGAAAUUGAGUGAUGCAUGUUUUUCCAAGCUUCAUCAGAAAGGCCUUGGUGUUUCCUCGUGUUCCGCCUGAACAAAACAAGCUGCUUCCGUUCAGAUGUUACAGGAUUUCGAUGAGAGCAUUGCCUCAAAAUGAUGUCGGUAUGUUGGAGAGUGAAAUGGCUAAAAUGUUCUUCAUAUGCCAGAAAUGUUAUUCAUACACCAGAGUUUACUGUUAUGCAAUCACUUUCAAGCAACGGAAACUCUCUCAUCUUUUAGUACAUUGUGUAGUAGCUGUACUAAAGAGAUGUGUAGUAGUUCCAUGAAUGUAGUUGCAUUUGUUUACAUUCGUGCAUGGCGGCCAGUCUCAAACCCUUUGAGAAGCCUGUUUGUAUGUUGAGCACAACUGACAUGCCCAACAGCUCUAUUUCACCAGCUCUGUGCACUGCAGUGGAAAUUGCAGGUUGUAUCAGCCAGCAGUGAGCAACGUCUUAUCACUAAUCAUCCAGCUUGUAACACUAGUUGAAUGGAAUAAGUACAAAUAGAUUAAUGACGCGUGAUGGCCAAGCUCCCUUUUCUCCUGACGCAAGUGGUUUCUUUUCGCUCCUGCUCACCCAUUGUGAACCAUACCCAAACAUGGUGAACAGCGCACAUGACAGAAGAGAUACAAACAGGACAGCGCAUCUGACCUGUUCUCUCUUGCACGAAGAACAACUAACCCAAGCUUUGAACUAUUAUGGGAACUGUAGCAUUCACUUUACCGCACAGAGUAGGUGAGGUAGUAUUUGCACCUACCACCUCUGUCAUUCGGGCAAAUUUAUUGUUACUUUAGGCAGGUACACUUGGUGUGGCUGUCAUUUGGAGGCCGUCUCACGAGAAAAUGACGCCUCAUCUUCUGCUGGGUGAGCUAAAAAAUGAGUGCAUUUGGUGAAACCACUUCACUUAGCCCAGCUCCCUUAAAGUGUAUAUAGUCUUGACAGUAACAGUUCUAAGAGUAACAAACCAAAGCUGCGAAGAAUGAAUAUCCUGAUAUUUUGGCACAAGUAUUAUAGUCCAACCCAACACGUUCAUUGUCUGGCAGCUUCCAUCAUCUUGUCAUUCUCCUUAUUCAAAAUGGUGUCACUGUCCAAGUGCUUUGUAUCAACACCAUUUAUGAUGUGCUUUUCAUUAUAAAAAGCAGCAUUAAUGGCCCCUUGUAAUAUACUAAUAAUCAUUUUAAUUGCUUUUUCUGCCACCCAGUCAUCACUACUAUGAAUUCUGUAAGAUAUUUUAUUUUGCCAUGUAGCAUUUGGCCAUCAGAAUGGCACUCAUUGAAGCAAAGUGCUCGAAGUGACAAGUAAUUUGUUAGUAUGACUGGAGUCAUCGCAUGACUCGUGUCUAUAAAGGAAUGGGUGAAAGGCUGGCCGCCUCUGUCUUGGUUCUUUAUUUUUUUCUAAUCAUUCAUUAAUUUUUACGCUUAACCAAUGCCAUGCUGUUUAAGCGUCCAUGACUGAAUGUUGGUUCAGAUAGCUUCUCAGUGUUGUCAAAAAUGUUGUGACUGGGAGCUAUUUUCCUUUCUGCCAGUGCCGUUUAUUCGCAUUUUACUCUUGUGUGUGUCAUUUGUAUCCCUGAAAGUGUGCUGGUAUCGAGUGUCUUGGGUAGACGAACUUGGUCGAUUGACAAAAGGGACACCUGCUGUUAAACGGUUUGUAUUGCACGACUGGGAUACGGAGAUACUUAAAUGUAUAUGUCAAAGGGAGAAAAGCUCGACUGGAAGUGCAUCUUGAAUUUGUUGCAUUUACAGUGUUACAGAAUGAAUGAUGUGUCAGCUCAUUGAUGCCAGCGCAUUGAGCACUUUCCAGGGGCUGUCAUUUGCCACCUCACAUAAUGCUUGAAAAGAAAGCUCGCAUCGUUGUCAACCUGAUUGUUGACAUUGUCGUUGAGACAUUCUGUCACUGCUCCCGAGAGUCAAUUUUUGAAGCCUUUGGAGUCACGUUUGAUGUGACGUGUGUGUGUGACGUUUGUGCAGACACAUUUCUUGCCGAACGCUUGUUUCUCAAAACCUUCCAAGUACAAAAGAAACCUCUGUUAAUGGAAUGAAGAGGUUUAAGAGAUGCUGUUUUAUCAAUAUCCCUGAUGGUCCUGGUUGUAUAACCUUCCCUCAAUCUGUUCAGGUUAAGCUCAUCAGAAGGCAGUGUUUGCAUUCAUGCAUCACCGAGGUGCUGAACAUUCCAGCAAGCAGGUCUUUGCCUCUCCAGUAUGAAUGCAAAAUGGCAGAUUAUUGGAGCGACCAAAAAUGUAACACCCUUAAGCUACACUGAAGGCUAAGCUUGCUUGGUGGAUUAUAAGUCUGUACAUACUAACACGCCAGUGUUACAUGAACGAAUGCUUAAUUUUUCACAGGUCCCCACACUGGCUCCUUCAUAGAUUUUGGCAGCAUCUGCUUGAGGGUUGUUAAUUAUUUAUUAUUAGAAUAUCUUACAUUGUAUAGAAAAUUAGAGAAAAGAAAAUAGGCACAAUAGUUAAGCGGAAACCCGCUACGUGGAGAGAAGUAUUUAAACAGAAAAUUAGACAUUCACCCAAUCGUAGCAACUGCUAUGAUUGGGUGUAUGUCUCAUUUUUCAUUUAAAAGUAAAUAGGGCACCUUUUGUGGGCUCUUCUUGCAUAAAAAGAAUCGAAACGCAUGUUUUUAAUGUGAUAUCACAAAUACAGCAGUAUGUACCCAGGAAAGUUUACCCCUGUAUUUUCUGCUAAUAAGCAAUUGUUUUAUGCAAAUAAAUGCACAGACAUAAAAAUAAAGUAAUCUACAAGUCUUGUUUGAUUCAGUACUUCAUUGUACUGUAUAAUCAAUACUAGUAUAUGGUUGCAUGCAUUUGUGUUAGCCUAACUGCAAACUGAACAGCAGUUGAUAGUGUGGUUAGCGGUCCUUUUAACUGACAGGACAAGAGUAACAUUUAAAUUCCAAAUUUCAAGUAAAUUGGUGCUACUGAUGAUACAUUUCUUUGCAUUGACUCUUAAUUAUAGCUUGGUAGUACAUUAAUUGUUAGGAACAUUACCAUGCCUGUGAAAGUGUCACCUUGAUUGAUGCUUUAUUAUUGUUUCUUUUUGAGAGAAUACUACACUUCCUUGGUUCAAGCAGAACUUCUCCUCAUAGCUCAGUUUGCACAUUUUCUGUCUCUCCUGCCGAGGAGGGGGAGGUUUGCAAGUUUGACUUCUAGCCACAUUCCGUUGCGGGUCAUGUCAAAAAUGGUCAUGUGCAGUUGUGCUCAAUAUGAGCUGCAACACGGUGUGGUUGAAAGGGCUCGAAGACUGCAUGGCGGCAUCAACAUACAAAGAAUUGGCUUAAUAAAUACCAGUAAUUGGAACAGUGUCUGGUUCUCCAAUGUUUUAAAACGUUGGUGCCACGAUGCAGUCUACAUGGAUUAUCUUUUGUCCACAUAAUGCAUUUAAAAAUGUAUCAUUUCAAGAAAAAUAUACUAGAGUUCAUAUAUACUUCCAUAUAUUUUUCAAUGUAGCUGAAUUUGAUAAAAACAUAAAUAAAAAAAACAAAGCAGUCGUGAAUUAGUCCUCAACGUUGGUGGCAAUGCGAGGUUGCACUAGUUUUCAGAUUGCUUUCUUUAUUUCGAAUGGCAGUUAUAGGUGUAAAUGAACACUCCAAUUCUGGUUGCAUGAAAUUGGUCAUGCAAAAACUCGGGACACAAGACUAUGUGCCAAACUAGCAUUCUUUGAAUUGGCAAAUCCUAGUGAACUAGGUGAAAGCAACCAACCCAAGUCAGCUGAAACCAAGCGUUGCUGAUUACACUGAAAAAAUAGAUCAGUCUCAACUCCUCCAUAUAAAGUCCUCAGUGAGUAGUCGCCAAGAGUUGCAUGCUGAAAAAAAAAUGUGAUGACUUUUUUUUAAACAUGAGCAAACAUGGUCUAAAUAAAUGUUUUCAUUUAAGCUGCUGGAACAAUUCAUCACAUCAGCAAGUGAGCACCCAUUGCCCUUGAAAUUUAUGGCUCAUUCACAGCCUUAUUUAAAAACACCUUAACGACACAUGAAGUUGCAUGGUCAUUGUAUUCAUAAAAACACAAAUGCCUUAGAUUUCAUUCCGCAGCGACAUUUACAUUAGUAGGCUAGAACAAGAGAAAGCUGAGCAAGUGGAUUCAUAGUACAAAAAGGCAGGUGCACAAAAAGCAGGAAAAAUACAUUCUUUUGUAGGUGUUUUGUACACUUCAUACCAUUAAUACUACUCACUAAAAAGAAGUCAUGUGUUGCAUAUACACAUGCACCUUAACUGAGGCAAGCCGUCUUGCAAGUAUUUUUAUUUUGUGUAACUGCAUAUGUGUGCCUUAUGUGCUUGUGAGAGGCAUAACAAGUCACAUUGAAGAGGUAUAACAAGCAGACUGUCUGUUGCAAUUUGUUGCAAUAUGAUGACGGGGCAGGUUAAUUGCUUGAAAUUUAGCUAAGUUCUUUAAAGAGGCACUAAAAAUCAACACUAAAUUAGUUUAAUCUUGAAAAGUGUUCUUUCAUGACUGUAUCUCCAUUUCUUUUUUUUUUUUUUUUCUUUUAUGGAGAAAAGUUGGUUAAUAGUAGAGAACGAGGGGGCAGUUUUACUUCUUGGGUUUCAAACCCGAACCGCUGCACCAUUAUGUUUGUGCAGGUUUGCAUGUCUCAAACAAUUUUAGCAUUUUAUGCAAGAAAGCUGCUGUUAUUAAGGAAAAGUUAUCAAAACUCAGUAGGUCGAUUCUUCAAGACCUUCAGAAUGCAGUUUAUUCCUUCUUCGUCAAUAAACUGGUAGCUAUUCACCAGCAGAUGCUUUCAGAAUUUGUAAUGUCAGGAGCAGCCAGUGUGGGAACUUCGAGUGACAUUGCCGCUCUCUUGUUCUGAGUCUUUUCUUCUGACUUUACCAAACUUUGUUCAUUUUGUGCGCUCUGGAAUCGCAGAAGUGUAUUUCACUAGUCAAGCCUAAAACUUAUUUUUAGUGUCCCUGUGAGGUGCUACAAUAGACAUGAACACAGUGGCAACCACAGGACUAAUCUCUAGUGCAAAGGCCUGAACAUACAGGACGAGACAAAGCAUUGAGACAUUCUGUUGUCACAUCUUUGCGCUGGAAAUCAAUGUACUAUGUCGAACCAAUUAGCCCAUUCUGACAGCCACAGGACAAGCACAUAACUUGCAACGGGAGCUUAUUUUUACUUUAUGUGCGUGCAGUUCUUCUGGUAUGUGUAUGUGCGUGGCAUUUUUCAGGUAAAAUUUUACUUGUGAGUGAUGUAUUUGUCCUGUUGCUCUAAUUGUGUUCUGGUCAAUUGUUGAACUAGGAGGUACGACAGAAAGAUAAUUCGAGAAAAGGCAUGCUUACUUUGGGUAGGUGCCACAAACAUAUGUCUUAUUGAGCAUUAUGUACCUCUUGAGGCUUGCACCAACAGAAGCGCAACAGGCAUAUUACGUUGAAAUACUAUUCAAGUUGAUCAGUGUACAGUGCAAUGUGGACAUGCCUGUAUGUAAAUGUAACUGACCUCUGAUGCACUCUGAACUGACUGUCAAGGGCUUUGCAUUGCUUACUGGGGAUGACAUCAUGACUGCGGUAAACAUACGUUUUAUCUGUUUCUACAAACUUGCGUUGAAUCUGACAAGUUUAUCCCCUUCUAGCAGAAGAAUUGCAAAAGAAAAAAAAAAACAGGCUUACAAGUCUGGUUAGACUUUGUAACGAAGCUAUACGAGCAUAGUCUGAUAGACCAUCUGCUAGGUAGUUGUGCUAGGUUUUCUUUUGUGUGUCGUGUGAAAUACACAGUACUGUUUAGGAGCAACGGUUUAUCGUGGCAUUUGCCUGAGAGAGUUUGAGUGUGUAUUGACAUGGCUUUCUGCAAUUGUGCCACCAUAGUACGCUUUGUAGAUGCAUGUAUGUGCAUGUUUGUGUUUGGAUAUGCCAGAGUGAGUGUGCAGGAAUGCAAGACUUUAUGCUAGUCAGGAGGUCGAUAGAUACUUGCUUUGUUCUCACGAAUCACUGCCCCUUUUCCCUCAUUGUCUUAUUUUGUGGUCAUCAAGGCAUUGUUGGCAAAGCACAGCAGUUUUUUGCACUAUGGAAAAACAGUUGCUCAAGGAAAUAAAAUACAAGGUGUUCAAAACAGA